GUCUACAGAAUUCUACAAAAGUCUCAAGUGUGAGCAGAAAGAGCAUCAGACAGAAAGCCAACAGAAAAACUAGAAUAAUUUGGCAAAGAGAUGAUUCUGAUGAGGAAUAUCUGCCAAACAUUGUGAUAAUACCAGAGUCCAAAGCUGAAGAACGGCCUAAAAGAAGCCAAACAACCAGGAAGAAUACUGCCAGGAAUAGCAAUUGUGAUCAGAGAAAUGAAGUUAAUGUUUUUAGGCCCUGCAUAGAUGUUCAAGGAGUAGCUAAUGAGAGCACAAAGCAUUUACCAGGUAUUCUAAAACAGCGCAGGGAAACAUAUAUUGUCCAUCCUUUGGAUCUUGCAGGAAACUUGGGUUGUUUCCAGACAGGAUCUGAAGGGGGUGAAAAUGUACCUCCCAGGUCUGUUCCUGCGAGCAAAGCAAGCAAAAUCCCCAGAGCUGUUAAGAACAAUCAAAAGAGCAAUAAAAAACAGACAGGGGGCCUUCAAGAAAAAGGGCAAGGUGAAGUUGACCACAACAUGAAUGCUUUGACAAAUGAAGCCUCUUGCAAACCCAGGCCUCAGAGGAAGAGGAGCAACUCUCAACCUCCAGAGACUGAUUCCCUGGGCAGAAAAAGUGAUGGUGCCAAGGUUCUCACUGGAAGUUCCACAGAACUUGCACCCAAGCAGACUAUCCUGAUGGGGAAGUUUUCCUGCAUUAGCCAUCUGCUGUCUGAGCCAGGUGAUUUCCUGGAGGAGCAGCUACCUGAGAUAUCACUUGCAGAUAGUCUGACAGACCUUUCACACAGUAUUGAAUCCUCCCGUGUGAGCAGUUCUGCAGUUUUUUCUGUCAGCUCCAGACUUAAAGAAGUACCAGCUUCCAAGAGCUUAAGUACUGAGGGCAACAGAAUGCCAGCAAAACCCCCUGUUUGGCUGAAAAACUCCCCGAUAUUUAAAGAAGAGACUGCAGAGGAAAUACCUGGGGAAAGAAGCCAAGUCCAGUCAAGUUCUCGGAGCUCAUCUUCACAGGAACCUGAUAUCAAACCACUACAGGACUUGAACAAUGGCAGGGUUCUGUCUCACUCCAGCUCGGAGGACGCAUCAGGGCGCUCAUCUAGGCGGAAACGGAAGCCAACCUGCUACAAAGAGCCAUCAGUCCACAGCAAACUGAGGCAGGGUGACCCCUUUACAGACACUGAGUUCCUCCACUCUUCUGCCUACAAAAAAAAAGGAAGCCUGUCAAAGCCAAGGCAAAUGACCAAGAAGAUGAAAGAGAACAAAGAAUGACUUACUGAAGGAUGUCUCAGUGCCAAGGCAGGCAAGUUGAUAACAACAGAAUGGAUUAGAACAGUGGUUGAAAGCAGCCCCCAAGCUCCUAGAAGCUCGUGUGUUUAGCCGCAAGGCGAGAGCUUUGAAUGCAGAGGCCCAAGCAAAGAUGGAGGUGGCUGACCAGGCAGCUGAACUCUUCCAACUAAGGCAACCCAAGGACCAAUUUGACAAAUUGAGCCUCGUGCUGUGCAUUUCUUCUGUUUUCAAAUCUUUGAGACUUAUGGGGUGGGGAAAAUGGUUGACACAAAUUGAUGGAUGUCUGUUUUAAUGAGGGGCAUGGCCCUUAUGUGCUGUAUGAUUAGCUCCUAGCUAUCUUAUGCUUUCUUCCUGUUCUCUCCCCGUCUGCCAUGUAAAGCUCCCUGCAGCAGCAGAUGAGCUCUAUACCAACCAACAUUAAGGAAUGUUUGAAACACAGGGUGCUUAGGACCAGAUCUAAACAUGUCUCAAACAUUCUGAGUAUUGUUACAGGAAAGGUGAUCAGAGGAGCAAGUCCCGUGGGACAGAGCUGUUUAAAAACAUCUCCCCUUUUUCUAUCACUCCUUGUUGAAAAGUACUUCAGCCUUCUUGUAGCCCCUUGAGGUACUGGAUAGUGUGAUAAGGUCUCCCUAGCACCUUCUGUUUUCCAGGCUGAACAACCUCAACUUUCUCAGACUGUCUUCAUAGGAGAGGUACUUCAGACCUCUGAUCAUCUUUGUGUUCCCCCUCUGGCUUUGCUCCAAUAGGUCCAUAUCCCUCUUAAGCUGGGAAGCACAGAGCUGGACAACAGUACUCCAGAUGGGGCCAGUUGUGUUUCAGGAAAUCCUUUAGUCUUCCAAUGCAGCACCCACUGGCUUCACGCACUUGCUUUUUUUAGGGUCUACUGGUGUAACUUUGAAUGUUAUUGAUUCUAAAUGUUUGAGAGAGUGGCGGGGAAAAGAAGGGAUCACACCAGCAGUAAAAGGGAAGGAAAUGUGCCUGUUUGGAAGCAGGAAAAGUGUUUCCUCUUUGUGGUAGAACAAGGAGAGGGCUGCUCUUUUCUUCUGACCAUACUUACUCCUUGUCCUUAGCAACUUCUAUCAGUUCAUGAGGAUAGGCUAGAUCUUGCUGUACUCUCUGUAUUCAGAGGACUCCAGAAGAUGGAAAUUUAAUUUUUAGAUGGAAAAUAGUGUCAUCAGCAGUCAGGUAAAUGCUACUACACAGCUUGCAUUUAAGCUGUACUGUUAAGUUAUUAAAACCAGGAAACAAAAAGCCUGAGAUUCAAAAAUGCCCUCUUAUUUAUUUCUUCAGUUUUCUGGAAGUUACCAAGCUUUCUCUGGUAUUUUGUAACUCUGGAAGCCAGGUAGGAGCUAGUAAAUAACACUUAUAACACUUGCUUGAAAUGCUGUUGUAUUGGAACCUUGCCUGUGUUGACCCACUGAUAUCAGAAACCAGGCCAGGAACUUAGAUCUCCAAGUGUUCCCAGUAAUUGUUUCCAUUGCCUCUAUGGGUCAGAAAUGGGACAUUUUCCAGCUGCACUGAUGUGCUUGUGCUAAUAACAGAAUAGUAGAUUGCAUUCAUUGACAUUCAAGGUACAGAGACAGCUGCUAGCAGUUACAGAGCUGUGCUUCAAACACAGGGUAAGAGUAGCUCCUUUGGUCGAAUACUGGUAUCUCUAUCCUAAUCACCACCUCUGGCAGUCAGCUGGAGGGGGGAAGAGUUUGUUCAUGUGUAACAGUUUCUGUUUUGCUGAGCAAUGAUGUAUCAGUUUGUAUUACUCCCCAAAUAAAAUUUCACGGCAAGUGGUAUUUUGAAAUUCUUGUAUACUACCUGAUGCUCACCAUGACACCACACAUGACAGCUUUGCCUAGGCUAGAACAAAUUGAAACUCUAUACCAAGAAGGGAGAUACUUUUUGCUUAUUUCACAUUCCAGCAGUCUGUCCCAGCCUGUACUGGACUGAAAGCUACUGGAGUGUCUCGCUGAGGCAGUUUCCUCAUAUCUGCUAAUCACACAAAGGAAGGAGACACAAAGAAUGUUAGUUUGCUUUUAUUUUAGUUUGAAUUAAAAAUAUUCCUUAAAAAAAACCCAACACACAACCAUGGAUGGAAUAAGUUUUCACAGUCAUGAUAUGACUUGCCAUAAGACAACAAGGGUAAGUAAUAGCCCAGACAAUUGGAGAAAAGUUUGCACCUUUAUGAAUUGUGGGGUGAGGGAAGAGGUUAACAGUUCCUAUGCUUCACAUCCAGUCAGAAGGAGCAUAACUAAAUGCAUGGCCUGCAUUUAGACACUGCAGCAUGGCUUUGGUAGGCUCUUGGCCUAUAAGGCUUGUUUCCAGCAUUUACUAAGUGCUACUCAAAUGCUACAGUCCUGACUGCAGCAAUGGAACCAAAUCCCUUGGUAUCAGGACACUGUGCUCUGGCUGGCACUACAAGAUAAAUUCAGGAGGGCUGCGGUAGAGCUGGCAUUGCCCUCUGAGCUCACUUACACUCCCUGGGAAGUACUCGAGAGAGGAGGACGGUAUUCAUUUCUGAGGUCUGCUGGACAGUAGGUCACUGAUGGUUUGACCACAGCUGUGACACAAACUGGCCUUCAGACUGAGAGGAAGAGAUAAACAUACAUCAAAGUCACAGAGAAAAACUUCAGGUCUGCUGUGAACAAAACUAGGAAUCCAGACCCAUACCAAGCUUUUAUCAAAUUAAUCUGCUUGGCAAAAGUAGGGCUUAGCCUAGCAGCUCAAAGGUUUCAGAAAACAUGAUUUUCUAAAAGUUUAAAAAGUGUCUAUGUUGAUUUUUAUCUAGUGUUUGUAAUGUUACACAACAAAGCACAAUACAGACCCACUUAUGCAAGCAAUAACAGAAAAGCCAGGUACAUGUUUUCUCCAAUAUCCUAAAGUUCCCAUUAUCUCUUGUAAUUUUUAUUUUGAUGGGGGCACUUUGCAUUUGUUCUAAUUCCUUUAAUGUGUCUGGAGGAACUACUGCAUUGGCUGCAUCUACCAAGUACCCAAAAAUUUAUUUCUUGGUCCUUGACAUUUUUCAGGCUGAAUUUCAAUUUCUGCUUCAUGUAAUGCUUCCUAUUGUUGCUGCUGCUUCUCCCACCUUUUCAUGGGAAUCUCCUUGAAUUAGAGUAUCAUCUACAUAUUAGUAUAGUUUCACAUCUGGAGGGAGUGAGACUGUAAAAAUUCAACAAGAUUGAGCAAUCAUGAGUGAAUAUACCUGGAGGGAGCCUAUUAAAAAACUAAAACUGAUGAAAGAACAACUGCUAAGAAAGCAAGAACAAGAAAAAAGAAAA